AUGAGCCCUCCCCCUCCCCAUCCCCCAAAAAAGGAAUGGUUAGCUUAUACAGCAGAGGAGUUCACCCUGGUGGCAGGCAGGGGCAGGCAGGGGCAGGGACAGACAGGCAGGGGUAGGCAGGCAGGCAGGCAGGGGCAGGCAGGGGCAGGGACAGACAGGCAAGGGCAGGGGCAGGCAGGCAGGCACGGGCAGGCAGGCAGGCAGGCAGGCAGGCAGGCAGGCAGGGGCAGGGACAGACAGGCAGGGGCAGGCAGGCAGGGACAGACAGGCAGGGGCAGGCAGGGGCAGGCAGGUAGGCAGGCAGGAGAAGGGGCAGGCAGGCAGGGGCAGGCAGGAGAAGGGGCAGGGACAGGCAGAGACAGGUGCAGACAGGCAGGGGCAGGCACAGGCAGGCAGGGGCAGACAGGCAAGGACAGACAGGCAAGGGCAGGCAGGCAGGAGAAGGGGCAGGCAGGCAGGGGCAGGCAGGGGCAGGGACAGGCAGAGACAGGUGCAGACAGGCAAGGGCAGGGAGAGGCAGGCAGGGGCAGACAGGCAAGGACAGACAGGCAGGGGCAGGGACAGGCAGGGGCAGGGACAGGCAGGGCAGGCAAGGGGCAGGCAGACGGAUGGACUGUACAUGGAUAA